AAGAACAACGUUGCGUACGCGAUAUACAACGAUGAGGUCCCUGAAUCAGACUCCGACGGGUGGAAAAGAGGACACACCAAAGGGUUUCUGCUCUUGGACAAAUCGCAAGGCUUCUGGGUGAUUCACAGCGUGCCCCUGUUCCCUCCCAUCCCUGAGGAUGGUUAUGGGUAUCCAGCUACCGGGGAGUCCUACGGACAGACGGCCAUCUGUAUAACCUUCAAAUAUGACCAGUUCACAGAAAUAGACCAACAGAUGCUGAGCUAUAAUCCAGGGGUCUACAGCUGUUCCAUCCCCACCGUCUUCCAAGCUGAUCUCCCGAAUUUGCAGAAGCUCUGUGCAGGGUCCAGGCUGCCCUCGGCCCCCUUGCACCACCUCUCCAAGCUCCAGUCAGCUCACGGGGAAACCUUUCUCCACUUUGCCAAGUCACACUUGUUCAUAGAUGAUAUCUACGUGGCCUGGAUGGCUCAGGAACUGAGGACCGAUUUGUUGGCUGAAUCCUGGCAGCAUUCCGGCCAAAAACUUCCCUCCAAUUGCUCUCUCGACUACCACGUCUACAACAUAAACCUGAUCGGGAUGCCGUUGAAUUCCACCUUCUACUCCAUCAACGACCAUUCCAAAUGGGCUGUCUCAAGGGAGACCAAAGACCAGUGGACCUGCAUCGGAGACUUAAACCGCGCUGCCGAGCAAGCUUGGAGAAGCGGCGGGUUCGUUUGUACCCAGAAUGAACACAUCUACGGAGCCUUCAGGCACUUGAUAAUCCACUACGAAAGCUGCGCUGAUGCUUCCACACUGAUGUAA